CAGCAUAAAUAGCAGCAGCGCGAGAGCCUUGUUCCCGUUUCUCAUCCUCUGCGAUGGCUCGUACUAAGCAGACCGCUCGCAAGUCCACGGGCGGCAAAGCUCCGCGCAAGCAGCUGGCCACCAAGGCCGCCCGCAAGAGCGCCCCGGCCACCGGCGGCGUGAAGAAGCCCCACCGCUACCGUCCCGGCACCGUGGCGCUGCGCGAGAUCCGGCGCUACCAGAAGUCGACCGAGCUGCUGAUCCGCAAGCUGCCGUUCCAGCGACUGGUGCGCGAGAUCGCGCAGGACUUCAAGACCGACCUGCGCUUCCAGAGCUCGGCCGUCAUGGCUCUGCAGGAGGCGAGCGAGGCCUACCUUGUGGGUCUGUUUGAGGACACCAACCUGUGCGCCAUCCACGCCAAGCGUGUCACCAUCAUGCCUAAGGACAUCCAGCUGGCUCGCCGCAUCCGCGGGGAGAGGGCUUAAGCACGUUUUCUACAUUGGCACGUAAAAGAAACUAAAAAGGCUCUUUUAAGAGCCACCUACAUUAUCCAUCAAAGAUGCUGUGGUACUGGCUUGUAGAGUCUGCUCCAGGGUUUCCUGUUUUAGCCUUUCGUGAUUGAGCGCCAACUACAGUCUGGGCUGCCUAUUUUUGGAAACAAGGCCUUCAGGAAAUUGACUCUUGAACCUGUUUGUGAUGUCACAAUGAUGUGAAAAGACAGCAAGUCCGGUAGCAUUCUAGAGACUGGUCCUCCAUCUCAUCUUUACCCAGCUGGUUGUCCAGGGUGGGGAAAUUGAGUCAGCAGUCAGCCUUUACAAGUUUAGUGCUGCUCCUCUGAUCAAAUAUCAAGUCUUUUUUCUGAUAUUUUUGAUGUUGGUGCUUUUCUCCUUAUUGUCUUGCCUCUGUUGCAGAAGAAUUACAAAAUACCAAAAGCCUGAAGCAUUCCACCUGAGCCAGUCAGCCAUAUGAAAACAGACUACAGGUAACUAAACAAAUCUUGAGCAGUACAGGUAUGGAUAUACCUUCCUACAGAGUGAACUUUAAAUGUGGUCUUAGAAUAAAGAAU